GUGCAGUAAAAUUCACUCCGUCAUAAGCCAAGCUCCUCCCCGAACAAUGAAAGGCGGCCGGAAGAAAAUCGAUACUCCGCCGCCCUCCGACGAACAAGCUGCGGCCGGCGGCGAUGAUGCCGUUCCCUCUUCGGAACCACAAGGAGCCGCUCUUGAAGAAAAAGCAGCAACUUUGGAAGAAAAGGCAGCAGCUUUGGAAGAAAAAGAAGAAGAGGAGGAGGAGGAAGUGGAAGCAGAAAUCGCCGAUGAAGAAGGGGUUUCAGAGAAAGAUCGACAAGACGAAGCUCCCCGAGAAGGCGAGCCUACAAAGCUCGAAGAAGGUUUUUACGAGAUCGAAGAUAUUCGCAAGAAGCGUAUUCGAAAGGGCGAAGUCCAAUAUCUCAUCAAAUGGCGUGGAUGGCCGGAAACUGCCAAUACAUGGGAGCCAAUCGAGAAUCUUAAGUCCUGCGCGGAUUUCAUUGAGGUUUUUGAGGAGAGAUCACCAUCUCGAGGCCGAAAGAGAAAAAGGAAGCACAGUGGACUCAAUAAUGCGUUUAUCAAGAGGAAACCGCGUUCUGUAAGGAACGAAGAGGCGUCUCCUUCUAUUGAGAAUGAGCUUAGAAAAGAGAAGCAGAUUGUUGACGAGGUUGAGGCAAAUGGAUCUCAUGAAGCUGAUGAGAAGAAGAAGGAGAGUGACAAGGAGGCAGGGCAUAUUUCAAUCCAGCUCAAUGUGCCUGCUGUGGAGGAAGAAGGAUCCAUGGAGGAUGGGGCCUCAAAAGUUGAGUUUUGCCAUCCUGUUGGAUCAAAGAAGAGGAAGUCUGGUUCUGUGAGAAGGUUCAAGCAGAAUUCUGUUCAUUGUCAACAGGAUGAAGCUCAUAAUGUAGUUAUUGCAGGAGAAAAGCUGGGGAAUGAAGGUGCCGAUUCAAAUGAGAAUGAGGAGGAGAUUGGAAACAAGACAAAAAAGCUUGAUGAUUCAAUGAAUCCACAUACCAUUACCAAGAUUCUGAAGGCUGUGCGUUACCAUGCUUCUGUUACUGAUAAUGUUCAGCAAGUUUCCAUUAUUUUUACUGCAUUGAGGUCUGAUGGACAGGAAGUUCUUGUGGAUAACAAGGACUUGAAGCUCAGUAAUCCAUUGCUUUUGAUAAGCUAUUAUGAGCAGCAUCUGCGUUAUAGUCCUCUUUCAUGAGUUGCAGAGCUGAAAUAAGCUAAUUUUCAACUUGAUUGAAUCCAAACUUAUUGAUUUUUUCAUCUCUCAAUUCAAGUUUGCAAAUUGGCUGGUGGAGGUAGAUGGUUCUGUUGUGUUUCUGCUGACCUUUUUGAAGGAAUUCAUGUUGCAGAAUUGGUAAUUUGGAGUGAUUUAUAUGGUUUAGAGAGGUUUUGAAGUCUGAUGUUAUGUGUGACAGUAAUGCAGUUAGUUAUCUUGACUUGAAUACUAACAAGGUGAUGAAGUCUUAUUUUGAUUUAUGGUACA